AUGACUCUCCCCACCGCCUCUUCGCCCGGCACCCCCAACGCGCAACUACGCGUUCUAACCGCUGAUCGCUUCAACCUGACCUGUUGCCCGAUGGUGGAGAUGCUCGCCACCAUACGAACCGGGUUCAAUCUAGCCUUCAUCGCCGUCGCGAGCUGCGCUCUCGCGAUUCUCGGGAUAGCUUUGAGCGUUCUUACCAACCUGUUCGUCUAUAGAGACAUGAAGGAGCCCGUCAAGGUCGGAUAUGAGCCUCUCUCCACCUCAAGCGGAUCGGAUCCCUCUGUGUCUCCGGCUCGGAAGCAAUUGGCUCGCCCUCCACCGUCCCGGGGGCGUUCCCCGUCUCCGGCCCACUCCGAAUCAGACACUUCGCCAUUGCGCGAAGAGUUGCGUUGCGACCUCGCGGGCGCGCGACGUGCGCGUAAGCUCAGCUCCAUGAACCUCUCUUCGAUCGAUAGCGCUGCGGAUGCCAUGGAGAAGGGGGACAAGGCUCCCAGGUCGCCUCCUCACGGCAAUUUCCUUCGAAAGGUUCGCAGCACACUUGUGCCAGACUGCUCUUCAUCCGUCUCGGUCGACGCGCGUUCCGUGGACACCGUGGACACGCCCUCCGUGGACGUACCCACGAUGGAUGAUCCACGAUCGAGUUCCAGCCGUGUCUUCAAGAAGAUCAAAGUCCGCCACGAUGAACGUGAGUGGAACCACAUCUUUGUCGCCCAAUUGUCGUCCCUAAGCACCUGGAUGCUCGUCAGUCCGUGA